UGCUCUUCGACUUCAAAAAUAUCACCCGUCCAAUGGAACACAUCCGGAUAACCAGGAAGAAGUUCACUACGAUGAUAAGUCUAAUUGGAGUCACCAGGAAAAUAACUCUGAACUGGAUGAAAUCAAGCAAUGACGUGUCCUCUACUGGGAAAAUGUAUAAGCGUGCCAAGGAUACUUUUGAGAAAAAAAGGAUUUACAAUCUAAAGGCCCUGUUUAAAAAAGUGGUCCGCAUCAUAAGCCUAAGCAAUCCGUGGAUUGAGUAUGAAAAUGACGAGCAAACUGUUUCGCUUAAUGUCAAGAAAAAUAUAUCGAUGCGGGUGCGGUCGAAACACAAGUCCGGAUUUCUUACUGCGGCGGAAAAAGCUAUAAUUCGGACACCGCAUUCAUCUCGCAGUAUUCCGGAUAGACGGAAAUUGUGUUCCUUGUUCGCUACGCUCAUCUGCUUCGCUAAACUGACUCCAAAAUUGCGUGCCCGCUUAGUUCCAGUGAUUAGGCUGCUGCCCUUAAAUGCAGGACGAAUUAUUAUUAGUAAGUCAGAUGUUCCCAUCACCUUGUUCUUUAUUCUGGUGGGAGAAGUACACAUGAUUAAGGGCAAGGACAGUAAUGGCAACGAACUUGUGGAGGGAAUUUUCGGUCCAGGAGACAUAAUAGGCGAUGUUGAACUUUUGGAAGGCUGCAGACGAACACACACCUUCAAGACGUCAACCUACUGCGAGCUACUGGUCCUCUUCGACUAUGACUAUGCGGAGAUUCUCGGUCCUUAUAUGACGAAGGCUUGGGACGAGAAGAAGCGUGCCCUCAAGGCGCUGAAUUACUUUGAUUUUCUCGACGAUGAACAGAUCGUGGAAGCCUGCCGUCUGGGGAGUCUGAAGCAGUACAGUCCGCUGGAUACUAUGUAUUGUGACGAUGAGGGUUCCCUGACAAAUGUACACUUUGUCCUCAGUGGAGAAUGCCUCAUAUUGCAGUGCCUAAAUAUGACGGUGACGAUGAAAAAGGGAAAACGAGUUUUCCGACUGAUGCCGGCAGAAGAAGACGAAACCUCGAAAAUGCUCAGACAAGGCGUGAGAUCCGACUAUUCUAGCCUUAUUAAACGUAAAGAUGAAAGUACUUCACAAGCGGAAAUGAAUCGACUUGUGGCAUCUUCCAGUGGAGAAUCCUUGAACAAAGAACAUAAUUCCACCACGCGCUUGAUGCGUAAAAUGAAUUUGUUAGAUAUAGAAAAGUUAUGCGGUUUAAGGAAAGAGAUUUCACCGGCUUCAUCGCAUCAUUCUGGGCGCAAUGCUAACAGAAAAUAUAGGAUGUCCAUGUAUUCGGACAAAAGUCAUAAUUUUCACGGAGAAGAAGAAUUGAGUGAAGAUUAUUGGGGAAACUGGAUAGAUAAUGACGAAGAUGAUUAUGAAGAUAAUGACAGAGAUGAUUAUAAAUAUAAUGACAAAGAUGAUGUUAAAUAUAAGGACAAAGAUGAUGAUGAAGAUGAUAAUUUUAAAUAUGAAAUCACAGCACCAUUCCCAACAUCACAAUUACGUCUUAACCAAUCCAAAAGUGAGGUCUCCUUAAAUUUAACAUCGAGUUCACAUUCAAGUAAAGACGGUGAAAUUAUGCCUUUUCUUGAGAGCCGCUUUAUCGAUGUGGGAUCUAUAACAUUUGGAGGAAUCUUUGGCUUGGGAGAGCAGAUGAAGCAUCGAGUGAUAAUGGCCAGGACUACGGUUCAGUGCCUUAUAUUGCCUAGAUUUUUCCUGCUGGAGAAUAAGCAGAACCCUGGCAAUAUGUGGGAACGUCGGCUUUUCUAUCUGGAUUGUAUGAUUCCAUCGCGGGAAGCACUGUUUAAACAAUUUCUCAAGACUCGGAGGUGGAAAAAAUUCAAAAACGAUUUUAUUCGCCAAACUGUGAAGUUGUCACCUAAUCAUGGAACACACAUAGAUGAUAUUCCAAUUAUUUGCAGAAUUGUAGAAUCUGCAGAGGAGGACACUAAUUUCUCAAAAUAAAUAGUAUCAGGGGCAGAUCUCACCUUUUCUUGUUAGGUUACAAAAUGCUUUAAAAUAAGCUCAUUUUGACCUAACAGGAAAAUGUAGC